AAUAGAAAACAGUUAUUUGAAUUGUGUUUUAAUUAACAGUAUUUCACACAGUUAUUGUUUUUACUGAGGUUAUGUUCAAAUAAAUGCAGCCUUGGUGAGCAUAAGACUUACUGACCACAAACUUUUCUAACUCAAAGUUAUUUAACUUUCCAUGCAUAUGAUUGGCUCUCACUAGCACAAACCUCACAAUCGCAUCAUAAACAUUGUCCUAGGUUGUUUUCAUGUUUCCACAUUUUUUUUUACAUACAGACCUGUGCCAUUUUUAUUAAGCAGAAAUCACACUUUAUACAGUAAGUUAUAAUCCUUACAUCACACUGUAUGUAAGUUAUAAUCCUUAAGGUUCAAAGUGUUUCAUUACAUCAUCACGAAAUGGUUUUCAGUUGUUACAUUUAUAUUUUUCUAAACAGUAAGGCAGUGUAGAGUAGUCACUGAGGACGCAUUGCUGUGUCAUGUUGUGUAUGUUUAUGUGAGCUGUCUCUCGUGUUAAUGGCAUCCGGUGGGCAUGUACUGCCAAAUAUAAUCAUGCAGUGCUUAGCUGUGCUCAAUUUCAGCCACAUGUCUUACUGUGGUAGUGGUGUGUGGGUGUGAUUGAUUACUGGAACAGGAGUUUGGGGCUAUCAGAUAAAUACAAACACAUACCUUUGUGCCAGGUUAUUAAAUCUUGAACAGGUGUUUUGUAUUUCCUUCUGUAUUCUCAAGGAUUUGCUAAGGUAAAGAAUGUUUGCAUUCCUCGGGAUUGUGGUUUCAGAAAGCAUAAGCCCAUCCCCAGACAGCUGAGUUCAAUACAAGCACAAGAGGAUUGUGGGUAGGACAUAUUUCCCAUAUAAUUCAGUAACAUCAGUGAUUUUCAUUAAUUGAUUUUAUAAUUUCACACUGACCUAAAAUUGUUAAUUGAUGCAUCCUUUUAAGUGUGACACAUUUUUGAAUGUAUGGUUCUAGAUGUGGACAUGGUAUUUUGUUUUGGCUGUAAUUGUACCCAUAAUUUGAUCUCGUUCCCUAGUGCCAUGGUUUAAUGCAAUCAGGUCAACAUAAUAUUAGUAAAUACACAUUAACAGUAUUAUUACUGUUAUUACUCCAGAAAAUAUGAAUGAUCCUUCAGACUAAAAUGGUUCAUGCUCACUGGAUUUGAUCAUCUCAUAUACAUAAUUUAGGGUUCCCAGAUAACAAUAUAUGGCAAUAUCACAGAAGUUAAAAAUUGUGGCUUUCCAGCCUGGAGCAUUCACGGAAAUGAAAAGUAAAAAAUUUAUGAAAAUAUCCAUUUCCUAUCCAUUUUCUAGCUUUGCUCAGCCCUAAAAUAUAUUAGUGACUGGAUAUUGCUCUUCAUGAGCUAAAAUCUAAAAAAAAUAAAAAAAAUGUUCUACAAAUCCUUAUUGAUUAAUUAUCUUUUUAGAUCUUUUCUUUAAUCUCUCAGAAUACAUGCAGAUUUUUUAUUUAUUUUAUUUUAUUUUUUAUUUUUUUGAUAGGAGUACGCUUAGACAGACUUAAGUGUAGGAAACCUUGAUUUCUGUGUGUGUUUGCUGUUUGAAACUGAGAGCUUAAUUAAAUCACUGUAUUAUCUUCUACUGUAUGUUCUGUGUUUAAAUAUGUCAUUGCUUUAAAAUGGAUUAGCUGUAUAGCUGUCCCUGUUUGUGCAUACAUUCAUUUACAUGCACUCGAACCAGGAUGUAUGGAAAACUUGUGUAACUUACCCCAAGUGUGUGUGUUUUAUUUGUUUAGGAUCACAUUGUGAAUAUUUCAUAGGUCUGUAAGUUUUAUUUUAUUUGUCUAAAUCAUUAGGCAGAUUAUUAGUGAUCAUGUUUCUAAGACUGACCUGUUCACGAUGUGUAACGCUUUUUAUUUGCUAAAUAUUAUUUCUCAACACAAGCUCCACUGUAACACAGUUACUGAUCUGUUUUUGGUUGGUUAUCCCAGUUUUCCUUUCCAUUUAUUUGUUGUAUUCAUUCAUUCAUGAUCAUAAAAAAAAAAAAACACUGAUCUGACUUCCUAUUGCUUCCGAUCUAAGAAUAAGAGAAUGAAUGCAGCAUUGUGUGUGAAUGCAACACCUAAACAGAAUCACGUUAAACAUGAAGGGAGUAGUAUAAACAUGGUGAUGGGAAACAAUAUUUUAUUUUUUAUUUCCCUAUGUUUUUAAUGAAUUACAUAGUUCAAUAUGUGUAAGCGAAUAUGACUAUUGUACAGAAUGGCUGAAUUAUUUUGUGUGUUCUGGAUAAAUCAGCUGAAAUUGUUGUAGCAUGAAUGUGUCAGAGAAGUAACAUGGAUAAUUGGUCUGAAUUAUUUACAGCUAUAAAAUAAAUGUGAAGGAAACUUAAAAAAAAAAUAGUAUCUGUGUUUAUGUGUGUAUUUGUGCAAAGGAAAUGAUUAUCUGCAAAAUACAAUGGUAAUGUUGCUUUUCAAACGUUUACAGGGAUAUUAUAAAAAGUAUGUCUUCUAAUGUUGUUUUGGACCCCAUUGACUUUCAUUGUAUGGGUAAAAACAGUUGAAACAUUCACCAAGAUUAGAGUUCUACAGAAUAAAGUCAUACAACGUGAGGGUGAGUAAAUAAUGACUGAUUUUUUUAUUGUUCCCAACUAUUCUUUUAUGUAGUUUCUAAAGAAGAAGUACAGUACUUUUUUCCAAUUAUUUGGUACAAAAUACUGAAAAAACAGUAAUUGUGUGAAAUAUGAAAACGACUCUUCAGUCUUUUUCCACCUCCAAUGCACUCGUACACACUUGUGGAUGUUUUUGUGCUAAAGGUUUCGAGUACACUUCAUAAACAUCUUACUUUCCUGUAAUGCUGUAGCUGUUCUGGCAUUAUUGACUUGUUGGCUGUUUUGAGACUGAAGACAUGAAUGAUUUGGAGUAACAGGAGAUGAGGCAUCAUCUCUGUUUCCCAGCAUUCCUCUGGCUGUCUGAUAUAGGCACAACUGAUCAAGGGUAGGGGGUGUCCCAGUGAGCCAGCAAGAAACCAGACACCUUCCCCCUCUCUCACACGAACACACACAUAUAUCCAGCUGCAAACCAACACAGGGGCAGAGUGACUGGCUGCUGCUUUGAGCGAUUAGGCAACCACACAACACAGAGACAUGAAGACGGUGGUGUCUCAUCUCCCUAGCUGUGUUUUCGCUCUCAUAACUUAGUUUCCAGUGAGUGUGGGGUCAGCGAGGACACAGAGCCAUGUCUCUUCCACUGGAUAUACGCUCUUCCCACAGAGACCCUUCAUUGGGGACGCUGGAGAAACAACUCAUCUGUCCCAUCUGUGUGGAGGUCUUCACCAAACCUGUGGUCAUUCUGCCCUGUCUGCACAACCUCUGCCGCAAGUGUGCCAAUGAACUUUACCAGCCAUCUCUCUUCCAGGUUGGAAUCGGAGGACGUUUUCGCUGCCCUUCCUGUCGGCGUGAAGUUGUCUUGGACCGUCAUGGAGUUUAUGGACUGCAGCGCAAUUUACUCGUGGAGAGCAUUAUUGAUGUUUACAGACAGGAGUCAGAAAGCUCUAGGCCUCCACCAAAGCCUCCUGCACAAUUCAGCUGUACGGAGCAUGAAGAUGAGAAGCUUAAUAUUUAUUGCAUCACGUGUCAGGUGACCUCCUGCUCUCUCUGUAAGGUGUUUGGGGCCCACAAAAACUGCCAAGUAGUUCCCCUGCCUGAUGUUUACCAGCAGCAGAAGGCUGAACUCAGCGACAGACUUGCUGCUUUGGUUUCCACAAAUGACUGUGUUCAAUCAUUUGUUAAUGAACUAGAGGCACUCUGCAGGAACAUAGAGGAAAACAGCAGGAUCCAGAAACAGAUAUUGUCUGAGAAGUUUGAUCGCUUGUCUGCCAUUCUGGAAGAACGUCGUAAGAUAAUGAGCCAACAAAUCACUUCUGAGCAGGAAGAAAAGACCGGCUGGACCCAAUCUUUACAGCAAACAUACAGUGAGCAUGUAGACACAAACUCAAAGCUGAUCCAGGCAGCCCAGAAUGCCAUAGAGGACCCAGAGAUGGCUUCUUUUGUGGAGACCUCACAAGAUCUUAUUGAGAAGGUUGGUAAAGCAUCUAACUGCUUCACGCAGGAGUCCCUGGAUCCUGACUAUGAGAAGAUGGAUCACUACAGGGUGGAUUUUGAUGCGGAGGAGAGAGUUCUGUAUCAGCUGGACUUCAUGGAGAUUGAAGAAGAAGUGGAGGAAACAUUUGAUGAACCAGAGUCAGAACCUGAGUCUGACUGUGAACCGGUGGAGACCCCAGAACCUGACCCUGAACUAGAUCAGUGUCUAAAAUCAGAAGCUUCUGAGAUGACGAAUCCCAUGCCGGAGACAACAGAGGACACUUGCGGACAAGCAGACAGUUGUAGAGACAUCAGAAAAGCGGCUGUGUGUGAAAAGAAUGGUUUAAGCACUUCACAGGUACGUUCGUCUACUAAUGUGAGCAUCCACAGUCUCAGUCAAAGUUUUCACUUCAGGACACUUCAGUAUCAACACCUAACUUGAGACUUAUUAAAUAAAAUUGUCUGUGGUUUUUGAGGCUAUUGAAAUAUACCAGCAAUUGCUUCUUUCCUGUCUUUCCUUUAGAUUGUCACUCUAGUGCUUUAUUUCCUGGGCUUUCUGGUCAUCCUACAGAGCAUAUAGGGAAACAUUCAGUGCCUUAUUUGUAUAUAGCAGAGGUGAAGAAACAUAGUCUCCAGGCACCAAUAAUGCUCAAGUGUUAUUUUGAAUAAAUAAUGUUGUUUUUUGUUUUGUUUAGUUUUUUUAAUGGAGAAAGGUUUUAAGAUAUAUUGGAUUAGUAUCAUGUCUAUAAGUUUUCUGCUGAAUGGCACACCUGCAAGCUUCACACUAGAAGGUGGUCACCAGUGAGAUGAUUUGUCUCUGAUUCUCCUGACUCAAUGCUCCAAUAAAAAAACUGAAGCUAAAAGAAAGAAUGACAACUUGCUAUUGAUCUCUUCCCUUUGCUUCUCAACAAAAUCUUCUUUGUGUUUGUGCAAAAAAAUUAAAACAUAGUGUACACUUAUUUUUGGUUUUGUUUUUGGUUUGCCCAAUAACAUUGCCUAUUUUUGCUGUAAUAAUCAGUGACAGUUCUCUCCAUGUGUUAGACGAGUGCUCAAAGGCUAUAUCAUUUUAAACACACGUUUACCAAUCUGAAUUGACUUCAGAUUUGGUUGUAAUGAGAUGAAUGGAUGAAUAGUUUUAUAACUAAUGAGUUUGUUUGUAUGUGUGUAAUGUUGGUUUGAAUUAAAACCGUUUUUCUUUUC